GCAAAAUUAUUAGUAAUUACUAAUUUACUAUGUUCGUGAAUUAUUUACACAGAGUAGUGAGUAGUGAGUACAGACGUUAGACAUACUGCAAUAACUAAACAUUUUAAAUCAACAUUAGACCAUACCAUAGAUAAAAAGAGUGUUUAGCUCGUUGUACUCUCGUAGAGUGAAGACUGAAGAGUCUAACGCAGUGCUUACACAACUUUUUAGUUAUUCUAGAGUUCUAUAAUAUACUACUUUUAGUAUACUACCCAUGAUAUAACAUUGAAAAAAAAAAUUGUUAUAGCAUGAUACUACUUAUAUUAUAAUAGACGUCCAUUUGUACAUUUGUUCAUUAUAGUCUAGCCUUCGUAGUGAUUAUAUUAUUUUAAAAAAAGUUUACAUUAUUUUUUAAUUUUUAUAUCACCUUUCACGCUCGUUUCUUGCGAUUUAGUGAUUUUUAUAUACUAGCAUUGAUUAUAAAUUAUACUAGAUAUGUCGUCGUCCACAUCAGUGAAAAUGGUGAAGUUCAACAAUGGCCAACAGUAUCCAAUCUUAGGUUUGGGCACUUGGCAGACCACACCUGAAUUAAAAGAAUCUGAACAAACAGAGAUUUACGAUGCAGUAAAAAGUGCAAUUGAUAUAGGAUAUCGUCAUUUUGAUUGUGCAGCUUUUUACAAUAAUGAAAAUUCCAUAGGAAAGGCUAUUGCUGAAAAAAUUAAAGAAGGAGUCAUUAAAAGAGAAGAAUUAUAUAUUACUAGUAAGCUAUGGAAUAACAACCAUAAACCCCAAGACGUGGAAGUUACAUUGAAGAAUAGUUUGAAGUUAUUGGGUUUGGAUUACCUAGAUUUAUACCUUAUUCAUUGGCCAGUUGCGACUACUGAACAUCCGAUUGCGAAAGAUAGUGAAGGAAGAUUCAUUGGCACUGAUGAUUCUUAUUUAGACACAUGGAAAGCUAUGGAACAAUGUGUCCUAUCAGGACUCACAAAAUCAAUAGGAAUUUCAAAUUUUAAUAUUAAACAAACGAAAGAAAUUUUGGAAAUAGCAACAAUAAAACCAGUUGUUAAUCAGGUCGAAAAUCAUCCUUAUUUAACUCAAAAUAAACUUAAAGAGGUUUGUGAGAGUAAUGGAAUUCUAUUAACUGCUUAUGGACCUUUAGGAUCACCUUACAGAGGUGCAAACUCAGAAGGAUUAGUACUUUUAGAUGAACCAAUUAUUAAAAAAAUUGCCGACAAGUAUGAGAAGACCAAUGCUCAAGUAUUAAUACGUUUUCAGGUUCAAAGAGGUGUUAUAGUUAUACCAAAAUCAUCUAAUCCAGAAAGACAAAAAGAGAACUUUGAUGUCUGGGAUUUUGAAAUUAGCAAGGAGGAAAUAGAUUUACUGGAGUCAUUGAACAAAAAUCUACGUUAUGUUCUUUUCAAAACCGUAAGUUGAAGUAAUGAAUAACAUAAUUGUAUGACUUAUGUUUUAAAUUUUUCAAAUAUUUAAAUUUUAAUAAUUUUUUUUAGAGCAAUGCACUUGAAAGACUAUCCAUUUAAUGAAGAACCAUAACUACACAGAUAAAAACAGACCUUUGAUACUGUUAUAUUUGAAAUAAGAAAUAUAAAAUUGAAUUGAA